GCGGAGAAGUAACUUCUGAUUGGUUGUUUUCUUGCUGAAGGUUAUUCUGUACAGCCUAUGACCUUUUUUAGAAAGUUAAGCCAUAUAUCUGCGAAUCAUAUCUCCGCACUUUAACCCCGUUGUGAUUGGCUGGUGAUCUUCUCAAGCUUUAAGCUUUGUUGUUGUUUUUCCCAUGUCUGAUUCGGGACGUGAACACUGACGUCAAUUGUUGUCUACAAUUUUGGCUUGCAGCCAGCUUUCACCACGCUGGGAGUUGACAUGUAUGAAUAGAAGCCGAAAAUUUCGGUUCAAGUCAACCGACAGAUAAAAAAGGCAGAAAUUGACUUAAACGAAGUAAUUUUUAGCAUGAUUUUAAGGGUACUUCCAUUAAUAGGACCAGUCAAGGAUGUAAACGUCUUGAGAGUAAAAGGAAGUUAGUAUCGCUCUGUAUAUGUUCAUUCUACACAGAUGGGGGAAGAAACAAUCUUAUUUACUUCCGUAUCAAUAAUUACAGCCUAAAUUAAACAUCUUAGCAAAGUCGUAAUUUGUUAUGUACACGCGCAAUCAAGAUACUUUCUACUCUGGUGAGGAUAUCUUAAUGGAAAUAUUCUCCAAACUCCGAGGUCUUCGUUAGGUAAAUUAGUUUCGAGAACACUGCAAUCCCCCCUCCCACAUAUUUGUAUUUGUCAAAUUCUCAGACUUGUUUACAAUUUACACACAACUGGAGGUGGUGAGGUUUCGCGAUAGCUUCCUUUCGAAGCAGAAAUUAUUCAGAUUGCAAUGUAUGAUCUGCUUGAUACCAUGAUUGGUAACUAGCUGGGAUGAGUGUUUGUAUGCCACUCGCACCAACCAGUAGUGCUUGACAGCUAGCUAGGUCAAAGCGACCUGAACAGCGGACGACCGUUCCUCUCGCUUGAGGCCGAGGUCAUCAAUGGUAUGUCCUGUUUGAGUCAGUCCAAACCAUCACUGUUGGUUGGUGUGAGAGUGGUGCUCAGCUACUUAUUUCAGUUAGUCAGUAGUUUAUAGUUAUAUGUUUGAAUUCAUUUCUGAUAAGUGAGUGUGUAGUCGCAAGGUUUGAGCUCUUUUUCCCCAGGAGCUUUUCUUUUGUCGGACAGUGUCACUCUGUAGAUUCUAAUACGCAGGCGAAAUACCUUUUUGUUCAAUAGUCGUCAGGGAAUUCAUAAAGUUGACCUCAUAACAUGUGUUAGUUACUUCUAAAAUGCUUCUUCCAUAUCUCUCGUAAUUGCGCUACUUACGCACGCAUAUCUGUGUGACUGGAGAGUGAAACUGUGCACAGUUGUUAAAAUCGAAGCUUGUUGUUCUACGAGAAAUUAUGUUGCGGAGUUGUGAACUGAUUUCAUUUACUUAAUUAUUUAGUAAUGCGCUUCACAUUACUAAUGCAAUAAUAGCUCGUGUACACAUGAAUAUUAAUACAUCCUCUAUUGGUAAAAUAUCUGUCAAAAAGGUUUUGACUGUAUGAAUCUGAAAACUCAGGUGACUAAUAUGAGAGUAGAAUUAUGGAAACUCAACUUGCAUCACAAUUUAUGUGAGAUGGAGUCAUCUUUCUGCCCAGUUGGGGUUGGUUGUCAUGAAUACUGCUCAUUUUAGGUCUUAUUUACAAUAGCAGUAGAAGGUUGUCGCUAGAUAAUCAGUUAGUUAGUUAGUUAGUUGACUAAUUCUUGUGGGCUUCAUAUUUUUGUAAUGUGAUUUAUCUAAUCACUAGGAUUAGUGAUUCCAUCUGUUUUUUAUUUUUACUACUUCAGUAGAGAUGGGUAAGAAUCGCCCUUGUUUUUGUAAUGGUGCAUUUGUGUUAAUAUCUGACUAAAGUGUGCAUGCAAUAUUCUGUCAUUCGAACUAGAGUCCUUGACCACUAAGUGUCCGUUUUGAUUACUAGAUUUUGUUUAAUUAUUGUUUUUUGUAAGAUCUGCAGUGAUUUAAUGAUCUUUAUUUAUGUUUCAGGUGUAGGUGAAAAUGGAAGUAAACCAACGAGUUCCGUUUCUACCAAAGACGACAACGGUCAAUAGCCGAAAACUGGACAACUGCUCUUCACUGACGGCCGACCGUAUUGAUAAACAACCGCCAAUUUUCAAGAGUCUUUUCAAGUUUACAAUUGCUAUCAUCAUUUUAAUACUUCUAAUACCUAGCGUCUAUUUCCUCAUUUCACGUGUAUUUCUAUCUGAAAGCAUGAAAUUGGAUGCUGAUAUGUUAGAGGUGAAGAAAUGUCCUGCUUGUGCUGGACAAUCGAUUUGUCCAUAUUUUUAUCGUGGAGAAAUACGCCUUACUACUAAUACACUUCAAGGCAGUUUAUUUCAGACUACAAAUGAUGCGCUAUCAUCAUUCCCCAUAGUUGGCAACAAGGCGAUUAUGGGCUUCUAUGAAACUAGAAAAAAUGUUCUACUUCGUCGCUUGGCAAGUCCAACAACACCAUAUACAGUGGAUAAGGCUGUUUGUCGUCGAGGUUUACGCCAGAGUUUUGGUUCAGUCUCACGAGAUUUUCUUACUAAUCUUUCAUGCAUACCACACCUGUCAAUUUGGCGUUGGCUGUCGACAAAUGCUGAUGCCAAUGAUCCACUGGGUAACUCAGUAGAACUUCCGUUGAGUAGAGAGAUUUUAAUGGGAUCAAUGUAUUCCUACAAUCAAACUCAUAGUGAAAGUGAAGCUGGAGUUACAACUGACUUUGCUCCGGCUACAAGAUGUUCCAGUGAUCGUUUAUUUGAACAUCUUCAACAAAGGUUUUUAGAACGAACAAGCUAUGGUGCUGAAACGCGUUGGUUACGUUUUGAUGAAUUGAUGUUUCUCUUCAACUUAGCAAUUGAUCCCCAAGGCGUUAUAAUCCAGUCAUUUCCACGCAAAGAAAAUUGGCCUUUUCCACACUACUUGGGUUCUUGUGGACGUUGGUCUGUUGAAGAGUAUCAUGGUGUACCAAUAAGUCAUUUCUGUUUGGCAUCUGUAUGGAUCAGAUUGCAGAUUCUGUUAAAUAUUUUAAGUCUUCCAGAACAAUUGGAGCACAAGUCUAUUAUGAAUCAAACAUAUAAUUAUAAUUAUGAUGAACAUUAUUCAUCACAUGGUUAUACAAUCUACUUAGGUGAUUUUGAUUUCAAUUCUCUUUUUCUUGUGGAUCCAAUGACAUAUGAUGUGACUAUUGCUAAUUUAAGACAUGCUAUUAUUGUUGAUACACAAACAGGCAUUCAGAGGAUCAAUUUAGGGAAAUGAUUUCAUUUCUCUACAAUUGCUUUACAAAUAGUAUGAUUCACCACUUUUGUUCCGAUCCAAUAUGAACGUUCUCUACUGAAAUGUUUGUUUUCAAAGACGAGAAAAAUAUACACGAGCACCGCAAUGUUGGAUGAACUUCCACACAUACAUUCACUUUUAUUAGCUAAUGGUUAUCCAGAAAACUUUAUCAAUUGUCACAGUAAGGAUAGACCGCAACUUGAAAAGACACCAUCUGUACCAAAGAAAGCUAUCUUUAUUAACCUACCAUUCAAGGGCGACAAGAUUAUGCAGUUGACAGCUAGCUCAAAGACUUCGGUCAGCCAUCAAACGCACAUUCUACGCCACCGCAUCUCUUUUUCUCAUUUGCCGAACAUUUUCGAUCCCUGUACCUACGAUUAAAGGACGAAAUUUUGUGGACUCUACUUCAAACUGUAUCUACAAGUUCAUCUACUGCUGUGGUGACACCUAUAUAGGUAGAACCAACCGAAUGUACCACUGUCG